CAAUGACAUCAAGACUUGAUCGACUUUUUAUUUUAUUGGAGUCUGGUUCAUCGGCCGUAACACGCAGAGCUGCUGCCAAACAAAUUGGCGAAAUCCAAAAAUUAUAUCCCCAAGAAUUGCAUACGCUAUUGAAUCGUUUAAUUGGCUACUUAUAUAGCUCAUCAUGGGAGACGCGUAUUGCAGCUGCCCAGGCUGUUGAGGCCAUACUAAGCAAUGUGCCCGAAUGGAAACCGGAAUUAUAUGUAACUGCGUCGACUUCUUCCGGUGGCGUUAAAAAAGAAAUUAAAAAAGAAGAAACCGCGGAUGAAGAGAAUAGUUGUCAGUCGAAUGCCUCAUCGGCUACAACAAUAACAUCAUCCGGCAAUUCAGUCAGUAGUGAUUAUUACAAGGAACGUUAUUUAACAUUUGCCGAAUUCAAUUUGGAACAAGUGUUGAAGAAGGGUGCCCGUUUAAUUGGUUCCGAAGGCAUCGAAUUCGAUGAUGAUGCCAAAAGUGAUAAUGCUGGAGGAGGGGGAGGAGCUGAUAAUGCUGCCGAACGAUUAAGCCGCCAAAGGGCUUUACUAAAUGAAAAGCUGGGUCUAACACAAGCCUCAAAAUUGGGCGUUAAUCUAACUGAUUUAAUAACCGAUGAAGAUAUGAUCCGAUCUGGUAGUAAUUAUAAUGUCAAUGAGGAAAAGGUACCGGUCGAACAUAUACUCAACAUCAAACCAAAUGCCAAUUUGGUACCAUCCAAUGGUCAACAAUUGAGUUGUCGCGAAAUUAAUCGAGCCAAACGCAAGGCACGACAAAAUGCUGUGGCCCUAUCAACUGCAGGCAGUGUUGUGGCAGCAGUAGGUGCCUCUACAUCAAAUGGUUCUUCAGAAGAGCCGGAAAAGAAAAAACUUAAAACUGCUGAACGGCAGGAUAUAUUUUAUAGUUUAAAUGAUCCCGUUCCGGAUCUAACUGGAAAUUGGGUAGAUGCUGUUAAUUGGCCCUUGGAGAAUUUUUGUGCACGACUUUAUGUGGAUCUCUUCAAUGCCAAAUGGGAGGUGCGUCAUGGUGCAGCCACUGCCCUAAGGGAACUCAUCAAUAAACAGGCUUCGGGGGCUGGAAAAAGUUUGAAUAUGACACGAGAAGAGAUGCAACAUUACCACAACCUCUGGCUGGAAGAUGCUGCUCUGCGUUUAUUAUGUGUAUUGUGCUUAGAUCGCUUUGGUGACUUCAUAUCCGAUCAAGUUGUGGCACCAGUCCGCGAAACAUGCGCCCAGGUUUUGGGUACAAUUGUAAAAGAAAUGGAAUCGAAUAAGGUUCAAGAAAUUGUCUAUAUUUUACGCACCCUACUCAAGCAAAGUGAAUGGGAAGUACGACAUGGUGGUCUAUUGGGUAUGAAAUAUGUGUUUGUGGUACGAGAAGAUUUGCUGCAAAUCUAUUUGCCACAAACCAUAAAUGAUAUAUUAAUGGGUCUGUUCGAUAGUGUUGAUGAUGUUGGGGCAGUGGCUGCCUCAACACUUAUACCAGUUGCCACCUGGCUGCCGAAACUUUUAAAUGCCACUCAGGUGUCGUCAAUUGUGAAAAUGCUUUGGGAUCUUCUGCUAGAUCAAGAUGAAUUGACCUCGGCUAGUAAUAGUUUUAUGGGUCUACUAGCUGCCAUACUUUGUCUUCCAAAUGCUUCCUCAUGGAUACAAAUGGAACCAAUGUCAACAUUAAUACCUCGCCUCUGGCCAUUCCUAUCACACAGCAGUAGUUCUGUACGUAAAUCCACUCUCGUUACCUUACAGACUCUUACGAAAAACACUCAAAGUCCCGUGAAAACAGAAAGUAUGGAUGCCACGGUCGCCACACUUGAAAAAUCGUCUACAAAUCUAACCUCAGACAAUUUCAGUUUUGAUUCGAAAAGCCUUCGACUCAAUUUUGGUGUCAUCGAUUGGAAUUGGAAGUUAUUACAAGAUGCCCUACGUCAUUUAUUUCAACGUAUUCUAGUCGAACCUAUGGUAGAUGUUCAGGAAAUGGCCAAAUUGGUUUGGCUGAAUUUAAUUGCAAAUGCCGACUUGGGUGCACUGCUGCAUGCCGCCUGCCCCUUUGUAUCAUCAUGGAUAUGUUUGGCAAUGCAGCCACCUCGUUUAGCAUUUGACCCCUCAAUAUUAAUUCAUGCAGUACAGCCACCGGGUACAGAUACUACAACUACAACAUCACCACAACAACGUAGACGUCAAUGUAAAUUGGCUGAUGAUUUGGGUGGUUCCAAUCCACUCUGUAAUCAAAAGCUAUAUUUGGGUGGCUCUGAAUCUACACCCGUAGAAGUGAGGGAGAAAAAUUAUAUACGUGCUCGUAUAACGGCGGCCCGUGUCCUUGGUUCGCUAUCACAUUAUUUGGUACAACCGGCACCCGGUGUAAUUUAUACUCCAGAGACUGAAAGUCCUAUGGACUGUUAUGCCAAAGUUUUAUUAGGUCAUUUAAAUUCACGUUCGGCUGUACAGCGUUUGGUGUGCGGUCUAAUUAUAGCAUUUUGGGCGAAAAGUGAUCCGUCGGUGUGUCCUGGUCCGCCAAAAUUACAAGAAAAAUUGCGUCAAUGUGUCAUGGAAUCGGUGUAUUAUGAUGAAGUAGCUGUGGCAUUUACAAGACUGCACCAGGAAACUCAAGAUUUUAUAGCCACAUUAAAACAAUAUAAAAUUCCCAUUAACGAUUUUGGACAGGCGAAAAUUUUAACAUUAGAUCAAAUAGAAGCUGUAGCCUUUAGCCUUUCGGCAGACUUGCGAAAAUAUCCAUUGAAAACGAAAAUUCUCGAAAUGUUGGAAGAACGUCGCAAGGGCCUACAAAGUUCAUAUCAACAAACAUCAACGGAACAGGCCAAUUAUAAUGUUAGUACUCAGGCAGCAUUGGCUGGGGCUAUUGUCUAUCUGAAAUGCCUGCCGGAGAAAUUAAAUCCUGUCGUCAAACCGCUAAUGGAAUCCAUUAAACGCGAAGAAAGUCUUUUGCUACAGGAAUUGUCGUGUGAAUUCCUGGUGACCUUUAUGGAUCAAGUUUGUGAUCGUGAACCUAGUCCCAAUAAUAAAUUGCUGACAAAUCUAUCGGCUUUGCUCAAAAGUGAUGCUGAUUUUACACCGAAAAUUGUAACCCCAGUGACUUUACAACAAACUCCUGUACAUAAUUCAGCUGCUGAGUGCGAAUCAUGUGCAUAUUAUGGAAUUCUAUCCUUCAGUUUACAACAAAAUUUGUCCACUUCUGGAAAAACUUCUUCCGCCAGUGCAUCAUCAACUGGAGGUGGUGGUGGCAGUAUAACUGCUGGCGGCACUCCCAGUACUUCUCGUGGUCCCGGCAGACCACCGUUGAGUGAAACAAUCGCUGCUGCUGCCGCCGAAGUUGUAAAUGCACGCAAUUUUGCCACAGAAUUGGAAUUGAAAAGGAAUCGCAUACAACGUAUGGGUUCGGCUUGUGCCAUUGUCAAGUUAUGCGAACAUUUUGGCAAUAAAUUAAUGCAAAAGUUGCCGAUAUUUGAACAAUUGAUCUUCACGAGGAUACAACAAUUCAUGACAGCCUUUCCCGAAAUGAAUCUACUCAACAAUUGUAUAAUUGAUGUCGCGCAAACAAAUGAUUUGAUGACUGCUUUGCAAUUACUUGAGGUAGCAGCUCCUCAUGUCCACAGUGAUUUGCAUGAUAAACUUUUUGAAUUACUUGGCGCAUUGGGUAAACUUAUUGGACAUCCUUUAAAGGCGAUUCGUCACAUGUCUGCCAGAUGUGUGGCCACUUUGGCCUCCCUGGAUCCAUGUCGUGUGAUGGAUUUUGUUGUCAAUCACAUUAUGGUUUUACUACCCAAAGUUGAGAAUCCCAUUGAACGUCAGGGCGCUAUAGAAACAAUUGAUAGGGUGGUUGAAAAGUUGCAAAUAAAAAUUGUACCCUAUAUUGUGCUGUUGGUGGUACCAUUAUUGGGAGCCAUGAGUGAUAUAGAUGAAAGUGUACGUCUACUGGCCACCCAUUGUUUUGCCACCCUUAUACAAUUGAUGCCAUUGGAUACGGUUGGCGGCGGCCAGGGUAAUGGCAUAAAACAUGAAAUAAAAUCGGCUGAGUUGCAGGCCCGCAAAACCAGAGAUCGUGAAUUUUUGGAUUAUUUAUUUGCUCCCAAGACAAUUCCGGACUAUAAGGUACCCGUACCCAUUAGCGUGGAGUUGCGUUCCUAUCAACAGGCUGGCAUAAAUUGGCUUUGGUUUUUAAAUAAAUACAACCUGCACGGUAUCCUUUGCGACGAUAUGGGUCUUGGCAAGACUUUACAAACCAUUUGCAUCUUGGCCGGCGAUCACUAUCAACGUUUGGUGGACAAAGCAACACCCUUGCCAAGUUUGGUUAUAUGUCCUCCCACUCUCACCGGACAUUGGGUCUAUGAGGUGGACAAAUUCCUUAAAGAUCCCAAGAUUCUAAUUCCUCUACACUAUGUUGGUCUACCCGUGUGUCGGGAGAAGUUACGCUGUUAUAUUGGUACCAAAUGUAAUCUAGUUGUCACCUCUUACGACACAAUACGCAAAGACAUUGAAUUCUUCAGCAGUGUCAAUUGGAAUUAUUGUGUUCUCGACGAGGGUCACAUUAUUAAAAAUGGCAAAACCAAAAAUUCCAAAGCCAUAAAAAUGCUUAAAGCCAAUCAUCGUCUUAUACUGUCCGGUACACCAAUACAAAAUAACGUUUUGGAGCUGUGGUCUCUGUUCGAUUUCUUAAUGCCUGGAUUUUUGGGUACAGAAAAACAAUUUAUUGCCCGUUACUCGAAACCGAUAUUUACAUCACGUGACGCGAAAAGUUCACCCAAAGAACAAGAGGCCGGUGUAUUGGCUAUGGAAGCGCUACACCGACAGGUAUUGCCAUUCCUUCUGCGGCGUGUCAAAGAGGAUGUUCUAAAAGAUUUACCGCCAAAGAUUACACAAGAUUUGCUGUGUGAAUUGAGUCCACUGCAGGAGCGUUUGUAUGAAGAUUUUAGUCGGGUUCACUUGAAUGCCGAAAUAAAAGACUGUCUGGAAAAUGGAGGUGAUUUCAAUGCAAAGACACAUAUAUUCCAUGCAUUGCGCUAUUUGCAGAAUGUCUGCAAUCAUCCGAAACUAGUCUUGUCACCAAAGCAUCCGGAAUAUGUUCGUAUAACGCAGGAGUUGCAGCAGCAGCAAAGUUCUCUUAAUGAUAUUGAACAUUCGGCGAAGUUACCGGCGUUGAAACAACUUUUGUUGGAUUGUGGUAUUGGCGUCCAAACCGAGUCUGUGUCCCAGCAUCGUGCUUUGAUCUUUUGUCAACUCAAAGCCAUGCUGGAUAUUGUCGAAAAAGAUUUGCUGAAGAAACAUUUACCCAGCGUUACCUAUUUGCGUUUAGAUGGCAGUGUACAGGCUUCGCUGCGACAGGAUAUUGUACACAAUUUCAAUACAGAUCCAAGUAUAGAUGUACUUCUUUUGACCACACAGGUUGGUGGCUUAGGCCUCAAUUUGACCGGUGCCGACACUGUAAUCUUUGUCGAACACGAUUGGAAUCCCAUGAAAGAUUUACAGGCCAUGGAUCGUGCCCAUCGCAUUGGCCAAAAGAAAGUCGUAAAUGUUUAUCGUUUAAUAACACGCAAAUCACUCGAGGAGAAAAUUAUGUGUCUUCAAAAGUUCAAGCUACUCACUGCCAAUACUGUGGUUAGUUCGGAAAAUGCCAGCUUAGAUACCAUGGGUACGGGACAAAUAUUCGAUUUGUUCAAUUUGAAUGAACGCAACAAGGAGAGUGAAAAACAAUCCGCGCUCUCUUCUUCAUCAUCAUCGGGUCAGAUGUCAAUGAAUGCCAUCAUCGAAAGUCUGCCGGAGUUGUGGUCGGAACAGCAAUACGAUGAAGAAUAUGAUGUUACGAAUUUUGUACAGGCCCUUAAGAAAUAA